AUGUGUCUUCAGCAGUUGGUCAUCUCCUGGGUCUCCCUGGUUUGGCUGGCAUCUCCCCUCUUGGCCAUAUGGGAACUGGAGAAAAAUGUCUACGUGGUGGAGUUGGAUUGGCACCCUGACACACCUGGAGAAACGGUGGUCCUCACCUGUGACACUCCUGAAGAAGACGGCAUCACCUGGACCUCAGAGCAGAGCAGUGAGGUCUUAGGCUCUGGCAAAACCCUGACCAUUCUAGUCAAAGAGUUUGAAGACGCUGGCCGCUACACCUGCCACAGAGGAGGUGAAGUUCUGAGCCAGAUGCUCCUGCUGCUUCACAAAAAUGAAGAUGGGAUUUGGUCCACUGAUAUUCUGAAGAAAAAAGAACCUGAAAAUAAGAACUUUGUAACAUGCGAGGCAAAGAAUUACUCUGGACGUUUUACCUGCUGGUGGCUGACGGCAAUCAGUACUGAUGUGAAAUUCAGUGUCAAGAGCCACAGAGGCUCCUCUGAUCCUCAAGGGGUGACGUGUGGAGAAGCAACUCUCUCUGCAGAGAGGGUCAAAAUAGAGCAGAGGGAGUACAAGAAGUACUCGGUGCAGUGCCAGGAGGACAAUGCCUGCCCCACCGCUGAGGAGACCUUGCCCAUCACAGUGCUGGUGGACGCAGUUCACAAGCUCAAGUACGAAAACUACAUCAGCAGCUUCUUCAUCAGAGACAUCAUCAAACCUGACCCACCCAAGAACCUAAAGAUGAAGCCAUCCAAGACUCCUCAGCAGGUGGAGGUCACCUGGGAGUACCCGGACAGCUGGAGCACCCCGCACUCCUACUUCUCCCUGACAUUCUCUGUGCAGGUCCAGGGCAAAAAGAAGAAAAGGAGCAAUACUCUCCACGUGGAUAAGACCUCAGUCACAGUGACCUGCCAGAAGGGUGCCAAGGUCAGCGUGCAAGCCCGGGACCGAUACUACAACUCAUCGUGGAGUGAAUGGGCAACUAUGUCCUGCCCUUAG